UGGCGUCAAAUCAACUCGCGUUCUUUUCUUAUCUUUUCCUCUUUAUCUCUCUCUCUCUUUUCUCUCUCUCUCUCUUCUCUCUGGCUUCCGUCGCUGCUGGCUGGCUUUUUCUUCUUCCCUCCUCUCGAGUCCUGGUUUAAGCCUCUUCCUCCCCAGAAAACCCUGGACUAGUCAUGGACUCCCCCCAGAUCCCCUCCUCCAUCGCCGUGUUUACCUCCACGCGCGCCGUCAUUUCAGGUCGUCUCACUUCCGCCACUAUCGUCGUCUCCCGGACUACCGGCAAGAUCACCGCCGUCUUCGACUCGGUCAUCCCCGCCUCGGACUUCCCGGACGGUACCCCUUAUACGGACUUUUCUCCCUAUGUCCUGCUUCCCGGCUUGGUUGAUGCCCAUGUGCACCUGAAUGAGCCUGGCCGCACUGAAUGGGAGGGCUUCUACACCGGCACCCAGGCGGCGGCCUUUGGCGGUGUCACCACCGUCGUCGAUAUGCCUCUCAACGCCAUCCCCCCCACGACCACCGUCGCCAACUUCAAGGAGAAGCUGCGCGCCGCCGCCGGCAAGUGCUGGGUUGACGUGGGCUUUUAUGGCGGCGUCAUCCCCGGAAAUGCGGGUGACCUGAAGGCGCUAGUCCAGGAAGGCGUUCGUGGCUUCAAGUGUUUCCUUAUCGACAGUGGGGUCGACGAGUUCCCAGCUGUCUCUUCGGAGGAUAUCCGAAAGGCCAUGAUCCAGUUAGCCGAUGAGCCCACCACCCUCAUGUUCCAUGCUGAGAUGGUGCCUCCCAUGGCCUCAUCGGAGGACCAGGCUGGGGACCCCCACGGCCCCGUCGAGGCAUAUUCCACCUUCCUGGCAUCUCGCCCCUCGUCCUAUGAGACAUGCGCCGUGGAGGAGAUACUAUCCCUGUCCCCUCUGGCGCCCAAGCUCAACCUGCACAUCGUCCACCUGUCCGCCAUGGAGGCCAUCCCACUCUUGCGCAUGGCCCGUGCAGACGGUAUCCCCAUCACCGCCGAGACAUGCUUCCACUACCUCUCCCUAGCCGCGGAGGAGAUCCGCGACGGAGACACCCGCCACAAGUGCUGCCCGCCCAUCCGCUCCAAGAUGAACCAGGAUGCCCUCUGGACCGAACUCGAGCGCCACGCCGACGACGGUGUCAUCAAGACCGUUGUCUCGGACCACUCUCCCUGUACUCCCAACCUCAAGCUCCUCCCCGCCGACAUCCCAGGCCACUGCUCCACUUCCACGUCCGCUAAGCCAUCUGCUACCGCCACGACUACCGCCCCGGUAGUAAACGAAGGCAGCUUCAUGUCCGCCUGGGGUGGGAUCUCCUCCGUCGGCCUGGGCUUGCCCAUCCUCUGGACCGAACUGAGCCGGCGCCAGGGCCUUACCUCCUCGCCCACAGACACAAACACCAAGCAAGCCCUACAGGACAUUGUGCGUCUAUGCUGCGCCAACACCGCCGCCCAGGUCGGUCUUCAGAAGACCAAGGGUGACCUGGUGCCCGGCUACGACGCAGACUUCUGCGUCUUCGACGACACCGCCGAGUGGAUUGUGGAACCCAGCACCAUGCUCUUCCGCAACAAGUGCUCGCCUUAUCAGGGCCGCAAGCUGCGCGGUAUGGUCCGGGAAACCUGGCUGCGUGGCGAUAAGAUUUUUGGCCGUGAGGAUGGCUUCUGCAUCAAAACUCCCACUGGAUCUUUGCUUCUGGAGAAACGGGUUUGA